GGAAAAAAAUAAUAAAUUAACAAAAUAUCAAUAUUCAUCAAAGCUUUCUCCAACCAAAUAAUUGAAAGAGAAAAAGGAAAAAAAAAAAAAACUUCGCUUCUGAGAGAGGCAAAUACAAAAGACAAAUUACAGAGAUAAACAAUAUCAGAAUCAAAAUCAAUAUUACCUUAAAACUCUCUGCUGUUGGAUCUCUCUCCUCCUGAGAACACGGCUUUCUCUCUCUAGAAUUAUAGUGGAGAUGUUGUGACAGGGGUGAUCAGCCUCUGAUAUCCUGAGAGAGAGGGAGAGAAGGAAAUGGGAGCGUGUGUUUCAACGCCUCAUGGGUGUGUUGGAGGGAGAUUAAGGUCCUCUAAGAAGGCCAACGGUCGUCGGAGAAGGAGAAGAGGUCUGAAGGGAAGAGUCUCGUCUCGCUUGUCUGAGGCCUCAUCCGACAGAGCAGAUAGGUCUGCUCAACUUGAUUCCAUCUCCACCUUCACCAACCCAACUUUCCAAGUAUCAGCAGGAAGCAUCGAUGAAGCAUGGUUUGACUCAAUUCCCGUAUUUGAUUCUGAUUGUGAUGAAGAUUACCAAAGUGUUCAAGAUGAUGUGCUCUCUCUUAAUGAAUAUGAAGGUGUGUCAGUGUCAGGAAAUUCGGGCAACUCUGUCACUGAAGGUGCCCAGAACUCUAGUUUUCAGGUUAUGAGUUCAGAUGAUAUUGACUCCCAACCUAAAUGUGAUGGACCGUCAACAAAUGAAGCAAACCAUCCUGUGUUCCUAGAUGAAAUUUCAUCAUCUGUGGAUGAAAAUUCUUGCAAGGGAGAAGGAAUAUUGGAUAACUGCGGAAUUCUUCCAAGUAACUGUUUGCCUUGUCUUGCGUCUACAGUACCUUCAGUUGAUAAAAGAAGAUCAUUAAGUUCUAGUCCACCGAGUGCAAGGAAGAAGGCACCCCUGAAGCUUCCUUUUAAAUGGAAAGAAGGCCAUGCUAUUUCUGCUUUACUGUCAUCAAAGAUGUUUCUGCAACGACCAAUUGCCGGUUCUCAAGUACCUUUUUGUCCCAUAGAAAAGAAAAUCCUAGACAGUUGGUCCCCCAUCGAGCCAAGUACAUUUAAAGUGCGGGCAGUGAAUUACUUUCGUGACAAAAAGAAAGAAUUUGCUUCCAACUAUGCUGCUUAUUAUCCAUUUGGAGUGGAUGUAUUCUUGUGCCAGCGGAAGAUAGAUCAUAUUGCUAGAUUUGUGAAGCUCCCUGCUAUUAAUUCUGCAGGGGAUCUCCCUUCUAUCCUUGUUGUAAAUGUACAGAUACCAUUGUAUCCAGCUGCACUUUUCCAGGGUGAAACUGAUGGUGAAGGAAUGAGUUUUGUUCUGUACUUUAAACUUUCUGAAACCUACUCUAAGGAACUUCCACCUCUUUUCCAAGAGAACUUCAGGAGGUUAAUCGAUGAUGAAGUUGAAAAGGUAAAAGGUUUUACGGUAGAUUCUCUCGUACCCUUUAGGGAGAGGCUAAAGAUAUUAGGACGUGUUGCAAACGUGGAAGAACUUCAUCUGGGCGGUGCAGAAAGGAAGCUCAUGCAGGCUUACAAUGAAAAGCCUGUGUUGUCGCGUCCUCAACAUGAGUUUUACUUUGGGGAAAAUUACAUGGAGAUUGAUUUGGAUAUGCAUAGAUUCAGUUACAUUUCUAGGAAAGGAUUUGAAGCUUUCUUAGACAGACUUAAGAGCUGCGUUUUGGAUGUUGGCCUCACUAUUCAGGGGAACAAAUCUGAAGAGUUGCCAGAACAGAUCUUAUGUUGUAUACGAUUAAAUGGAAUUGAUUAUAUUAAUUAUCAGCAACUGGGGUUGAAUCAAGAUCCCCUCUGAAUCUUGUGCUCAACCAAAAUGUAAGGCCUAAAAAUCAACAAUUAAUGUAAUUAUAAAUUUCAAGAGAAAUUUCUUUCUAUUCUUUUGUAGGUCCUGCCUAGGUCUCCAAUCCAUCUCUCUUCAAUUAUAUUUUGGGGCAGGUCACACUGGUGCCCAUGUAGACCAUAAUUGCAAUAUUUAAUAAUCAUAUCAUUUAAAAAGUCACCUGGAUUUAGAAUAAA